CCCUGAGAGCUUCGCGGCGGCGCAGCGCAGGCCUCGUGCGGUAACGGCCUCCGGGCAGCCGCGGUGGCGUCCCGGUGCAGACCUCAGGCGACGGGAGCCGCGGGCUCGGCGGAGGGAAGAUCAAAAUGUAGGAUUCCCACCUCUUUCUCCAGCACCACGUUUGCCUGCUUGCUGCCACUCCCACCGUGCUAAUAAUGGACUAAGUCUCUGAAACUUGCUGAAACUGCUGAAAGAUGGCUGAAGAAGUGGUGGUGGUAGCCAAAUUUGAUUAUGUGGCACAGCAAGAACAAGAGCUGGAUAUCAAGAAAAAUGAGAGAUUAUGGCUUCUGGAUGAUUCUAAAUCCUGGUGGCGAGUUCGAAAUUCCAUGAAUAAAACAGGUUUUGUCCCUUCUAACUAUGUGGAGAGAAAAAAUAGUGCUCGAAAAGCAUCUAUUGUUAAAAACCUGAAGGACACCUUAGGCAUUGGAAAAGUGAAAAGAAAACCUAGUGUUCCAGAUACGGCGUCUCCUGCUGAUGAUAGCUUUGUUGAUCCAGGGGAACGUCUCUAUGACCUCAACAUGCCUGCUUUUGUGAAAUUUAACUACAUGGCUGAGAGAGAGGAUGAACUGUCAUUGAUAAAAGGGACAAAGGUGAUCGUCAUGGAGAAAUGCAGUGAUGGGUGGUGGCGUGGCAGCUACAAUGGACAGAUUGGAUGGUUUCCUUCAAACUAUGUAACUGAAGAAGGUGACAGUCCUUUGGGUGACCAUGUAGGUUCUCUGUCAGAGAAAUUAGCAGCAGUUGUCAACAAUCUGAAUACAGGUCAAGUACUGCAUGUGGUACAGGCUCUUUACCCAUUCAGCUCAUCCAAUGAUGAAGAACUCAAUUUUGAGAAAGGCGAUGUAAUGGAUGUUAUUGAAAAGCCGGAAAAUGACCCAGAGUGGUGGAAAUGCAGGAAAAUCAAUGGCAUGGUUGGCCUGGUGCCAAAAAACUAUGUUACUAUUAUGCAGAAUAACCCAUUAACUUCAGGUUUGGAACCAUCACCUCCACAGUGUGAUUAUAUUAGGCCUUCACUCACUGGAAAGUUUGCUGGCAAUCCUUGGUAUUAUGGCAAAGUCACCAGGCACCAGGCAGAAAUGGCAUUGAAUGAAAGGGGGCAUGAAGGAGACUUCCUCAUUCGUGAUAGUGAAUCUUCGCCAAAUGAUUUCUCAGUAUCACUAAAAGCACAAGGGAAAAACAAGCAUUUUAAAGUCCAACUGAAAGAGACAGUUUACUGCAUUGGGCAGCGGAAAUUCAGCACCAUGGAGGAACUAGUAGAACAUUACAAAAAGGCACCGAUCUUUACAAGUGAACAAGGAGAAAAACUGUAUCUCGUCAAGCAUUUGUCUUGAUACUCAUCAGCAGUGACUGCCACACCACUUUAACUCGUCACGUAAUUGAGAACUGAGCGUGUUGGGCCAAUUUUACUUGCUUGGAAAAUGCUGUUUCUAACUGUAUGAGAACUGACUGUAAUACAUGAGUAUUUUUGUUAUAACUCAGCCCAUACAUAUAUCUACAUAUGCAGUGCAUCUGUAUAGAAGAGUUCUUUAUUCUUGGUCUUCUAUCUUACUGUCUUCUUUGCUAUUUUUCUCUUUCCUUCUAACAAUUAAAGUUUUGUAUUCCAAAAAAAAAAAGAAUAAUUUGGUUCAAAAAUCUUUAUAUGGAAGAAUUCUUUUACUGGUGUUACUUUAUUUCCUUGUAAAGGUAUCCUGUUUUCCCAUAGUUCCUCUUCACAUAAAAUCAUAUCUAUAUGGCAUAUGCUGAAAUUCAUUUCUUGUAAAGUGGUAAUCUUUUCUGUGACUAAAUAGCAAUAAUAAACAAAACUAGAAAUUAUUUUCAGAUAUUGUAUCUGUCAUAAGCCAUUGUAAAUAUAAAGUAUGUUGUUGUGCCUUCAUUUUAAAAUCCAUUCAUUGUAUUCAAAAGGCCCUGGAUAUAGGUUAGAAAACACAAUUUAUAGCUAUUUAAGCAAAAAUGUUAAGACUUUGGGGAGCGUCUUUUUUCCUUCCCUUGGUUGUUGAAGGGAACAGAGCAGUCCCUGACAGUUGGUUGUUGAAAUGAAAUGGGUGUCUCUGGUGUUCCUUGACCAAAGUAUGUCGUGUUAGAUGAUGUUGUAUUCCCACCAGUUUGGGGAAAAUAGUAAACAAUGAGAUGUGAAGACA